UAUCAAGGAACCAUGGAGACCGAGGAGAGUCCAGUUACAGGGGGUGUUUCUAUUCUUCACUCUUUUGCACAUGGGCAACAUCAUUACCAAGUGGAAAAAGUGGUGAAGCAUAAAAUGGGCUGGGGACAUGGAUCUUUCGUGAGGAGAGGGGACAAACUGCUGCAGAUCAAUGGCAUUAGCCUUCAGAAUUUACCUCCAGAGGCCUUUGCUCAGAUGUUGACAGAGAACGCUCCAAUACUGACAGUCCACCAAUCCCACAUUAACACCACGGAGGAGAAAUACCUUAAGACAACAGAGAUCUACCCAUUCUCCAAGGAACACACCGUCCUGUGCUUCAGCAUGGAGAUGAAAAAGAUGGAUGCUCUAGAGGAUGAGGGUGGAAAGGACAGAGGAACCUCAGAGGAUGAGGUUCCUCGCAACGGAAGCCAGAGCUGUCUUCUUGAAAACCUCUUACUGGUCACUAUGACGAAAACCAGGUUUUCCAUCAUUGCUGGACGUGGAUGUGACAAAGGGAAGCUCUGUCAAGACCAGAGCUGCAAAGACUGUCACCUGGAUGUAGUGAUGGAGGCAAAGUCAUGCAAAAUUACGCAGGUGCUUCAAGAAAUACAUUUCCUUCAAGAAAAAGCUCUGGAAAACAUUUUCAUUCAUAGUUUAAUGAGUGAUAAGUGCAUUCAAAACAGAUUCCGAAAUGCACGCAUGUCAAGCCGCUGCAUGUCAAAUUCAGCAAAAAUCACCAUCUACUACUACAAGUCGGACAUUGUGGACGGGGAGUUUAAAGGAGUUCCCGUUGUCCUCAAUUUCUCUGGAACCGACUGCUUUCUAAAGUGCACCGACAGCGAUGGCAAGGCAGUGCUCAGCAUAGAGAACUGCGAAAAAUCUAAGCUGAGGAGCAUUUCCACAAAAGAUAAAGACAUCUUGGCUUUUGUUUUCUACAUGAAAGCAAGUCAGCCCGACGCGCGGCACUUCGAGUCUGCUAAUUGUCCGGGUUGGUGCUUAUCUGCAAAGAAAGAGGAGGUAGGGGUGGAGCCGUUCAUUAAAGAAGAUGAGUCCUUUUUCUUCUUGAUCAGAAAAGGGUAA